GGCUUGUAAUUCUGUUGCAGUUCUUGCUCCCAGCUGAUAGGGUGACGUGGAGUUUGGAGGCUUAGAGAUUGGCUUUUUGAUUUGGCUUCUUGCUGCAGUUGUGCAAACCUCUCAGAAAUCAGGCUCAGCGGCUUCCCUUGCACCGUGAUGCUGGAAAGUCUCAGCUGAGCCCCUGAUGGUGUGAGAGAGGGAAGGGGGAAGCCCAUCCGAUUCCAUUGCAACCUGGGAUGCACUCCCCCACUCCCCCUGGCAGCUGCGAGGCAGAGCAGAGGUUUCUUAGCAAGCCGGGCAAGUUGGACUGACAUGCAGGGAAGGACCCCCCCCCACCUCCCCUCUCCAGGCAGUGAUUAACGGCGGGAUGCAAUGAGCUCUGUCUAACCACGGGAAGGAUCUGUCGUGGGGAGCAAGCGGAACCCCCCCAAAGUCCCGAAGGCAAGCCAGAGGGAUUCCUGGCCUUGUAAUAAGAAGACCUGUUGCAUCUACACAACAGAAGCUAAAUCUUGUGUAUGGCGUUGUUAAGGUUGCAGCCUCUCACCUCAGCCUUCCUCCAUUUUGGGCUCGUUACCUUUGUGCUAUUUUUGCAUGGCUUGCAGGUGGAUGCUGGCUUGACUGGAGAUUCACCAAAUAUUGGACAAAACAACUCAUGUGCAGGAUCAUUUGACUGCAAGGAGGGCGUGAUCUUGCCAAUAUGGUACCCAGAAAACCCAUCCCUUGGGGACAAAAUUGCCAGGGUAAUUGUUUAUUUUGUAGCACUUAUCUAUAUGUUCCUUGGAGUUUCCAUCAUUGCAGAUCGGUUCAUGGCAUCUAUAGAAGUCAUUACAUCACAAGAGAAAGAAAUUACAAUCAAGAAGCCCAAUGGAGAGACCACUACCACUACUAUUCGGAUUUGGAACGAAACUGUUUCCAACCUGACCCUCAUGGCUCUAGGUUCCUCUGCUCCUGAGAUCCUUCUCUCGUUGAUAGAGGUUUGUGGGCAUGGAUUCAUAGCUGGAGACCUGGGACCUUCUACCAUUGUUGGUAGUGCUGCUUUCAAUAUGUUUAUCAUCAUAGCCAUUUGCGUCUAUGUGAUUCCUGAUGGGGAAACCCGAAAGAUAAAACACCUCCGCGUUUUCUUUGUCACAGCUGCUUGGAGCAUCUUUGCUUAUAUCUGGUUGUACAUGAUCCUGGCAGUCUUUUCCCCAGGUGUGGUACAGGUGUGGGAAGGUUUGCUCACUCUAUUCUUCUUCCCUCUGUGCGUCCUUCUGGCAUGGGUGGCAGACAGACGGUUGCUUUUCUAUAAGUACAUGCACAAAAGAUACCGCACGGACAAGCACAGGGGUAUUAUCAUAGAAUCGGAAGGUGAUCACACCAAGGGAAUUGAAAUGGAUGGCAAGAUGAUGAACUCCCACUUUCUGGAUGGAAACUUAGUGACUAUGGAGGGGAAGGAGGUAGAUGAAUCUCGCAAAGAGAUGAUCCGAAUCCUCAAGGAUCUGAAGCAAAAGCACCCAGAAAAGGACUUGGACCAGCUGGUAGAGAUGGCCAACUAUUAUGCCUUAUCUCACCAGCAGAAAAGCAGAGCUUUUUAUCGCAUCCAGGCUACCAGAAUGAUGACUGGCGCUGGCAACAUUUUGAAGAAGCAUGCAGCUGAGCAAGCCAAGAAGAGCACCAGCUUGCAUGAGAUUUGUCCAGAAGAGCCUGAGGAAUUCAUCUCCAGAGUGUGCUUUGACCCUUGCUCCUACCAGUGUUUGGAGAACUGUGGUGCCGUCCUCUUGACAGUGGUACGGAAGGGAGGAGACAUAUCUAAGACCAUCUAUGUGGACUACAAAACAGAGGAUGGCUCUGCCAAUGCUGGUGCUGACUAUGAAUUCACAGAAGGAACUGUGGUCCUGAAAUCAGGGGAAACCCAGAAGGAGUUCUCUGUAGGAAUUAUUGAUGAUGACAUCUUUGAGGAAGAUGAACAUUUCUUUGUGCGCCUCAGUAACCUCCGUGUGGUAGAGAUGGAGGAAACUCCAGAGCUCAACAGCUCACCAUACCCAAAGGCCAUACUCUCCUCUCCUUGUGUGGCCACGGUGACUAUUUUGGAUGAUGACCAUGCAGGCAUCUUUACAUUUGAGUGUGAUGUGAUACAUGUCAGUGAGAGCAUCGGUGUGAUGGAGGUGAAAGUCCUAAGGACAUCAGGUGCUCGAGGUACAGUCAUAGUCCCAUUUAGGACAGUGGAAGGGACAGCAAAAGGAGGUGGAGAGGAUUUUGAAGAUACUUUUGGGGAGCUGGAGUUCAAAAAUGAUGAAACUGUGAAGACCGUAAGGGUUAAAAUAGUAGAUGAGGAGGAAUACGAAAGGCAGGAGAAUUUCUUCAUUGCCCUUGGUGAACCGAAAUGGAUGGAACGAGGAAUAUCAGCGCUGCUGCUUACCCAAGAAGUGGCAGACAGGAAGCUGACAGUUGAAGAGGAAGAAGCCAAGCGGAUCGCAGAGAUGGGCAAGCCAGUGUUGGGCGAGCACCCUAAACUAGAAGUCAUCAUUGAGGAGUCCUACGAAUUCAAGAGUACUGUGGACAAGCUGAUUAAGAAGACAAACCUGGCUUUGGUUGUAGGGACACAUUCCUGGAGGGACCAGUUCAUGGAAGCCAUAACGGUCAGCGCAGCGGGUGAUGAAGAUGAAGAUGAAUCCGGCGAGGAGCGCCUGCCAUCCUGCUUUGACUAUGUCAUGCACUUCCUGACUGUCUUCUGGAAGGUGCUCUUUGCCUGCGUACCACCAACAGAGUACUGCAAUGGCUGGGCCUGUUUCGUGGUGUCCAUCAUGAUCAUUGGCAUGCUCACUGCCGUCAUCGGAGACCUUGCCUCUCACUUUGGCUGCACCAUUGGUCUCAAGGACUCAGUGACUGCUGUGGUGUUUGUAGCCUUUGGCACCUCAGUACCAGAUACCUUUGCCAGCAAAGCGGCUGCCACCCAGGAUGUGUAUGCUGAUGCUUCAAUCGGUAACGUCACAGGCAGCAAUGCCGUCAAUGUUUUCUUGGGCAUUGGACUAGCAUGGUCAGUGGCUGCCAUCUACUGGGCGUCCCAGGGACAAGAGUUCCACGUGUCAGCGGGCACACUGGCCUUCUCCGUCACACUUUUCACCAUCUUUGCUUUCAUCUGUAUCAGCAUCCUGCUGUAUCGGAGACGGCCUCACCUCGGAGGGGAGCUAGGAGGCCCCAAGGGGUGCAAACUCGCCACGACUUUGCUCCUUGUGAGCCUGUGGCUACUGUACAUUCUUUUUGCCACCCUGGAGGCCUAUUGCUACAUCAAAGGGUUCUAAGUGGUGGAGAGAUGAUGAAGUCAGGGGGAGGGAUUCCCCCUCCUCUGUUACCUCACUGGACACCAGUCCUCAAAAGUGUUGUUAAACCAGAAGUGACAGCACUCAGUCAGAGUCCACACCUGCCCAGACUCUAAGACAACUGGGCUUCAAAAAGGGCAAAAUCAUCAUGAAACACAAACAAGAUUUACAAAAAAAUAAAAAUAAAUAAAAAAAUGAUCAAUUAAAGCAUUCAAAUA